AUGAUGGGCCUCACCCGAAGCACCCUCGUUGCUCUCUUUUCCCUUUCCCUCCUCCUCCAACCAAUUGCAAACGCUCAAGAACAGGCUCAAGGUCGACCUGGUGCUUCCGCUCAAGCUCCAGCGGCAGGUAGACCCGGCGCUUCUUCUUCCGAUCAAGUACCAGUCCAGGCGUCAGCUUCAAGUCAGGCUCCUGCUGCUGGUCGACCUGGUGCAUCAAGUGCUCCCACGACUGAUCCCGCUCAAACCCGCCCAAAGGUCUAUUCCUGCCCUGCCGACAAUGGAGCAUUAUAUACAACGGCAAAUGGAGUCACCUUUCAGCUUAAGUGCGACCACGGAACUUUAGCUAAACAUCUUGAUAAUACCAUUACGAACUCGCAAAAAGAUUGCGCGGACUACUGCAGCACCCUGCCCAACUGUCAGAGUGCGGAUUUUAAUGCCCAAAAUAAAGUUUGUGCGACAAAGCAGGAGUAUAUACCAACUUUUCCUCUUCCAGGAACUCACACGUGGUUUCCUCUCGAAGAGCGAAGCCAGCGCCCCGAAACAGAGUACCGCACUCCUCCGGAUUGUCCCGCAUCUAAAGUACCCAUUUCUGAAAGUGUGACAGCCAGCACACUUAUGACAACUGAUGGCGAAUGUCCAACCAAUGACGGAAAGAUUUUCUUGACUCCUCAGGGAACGUACUUCCAAGUCAAGUGUGCUUCGCAAAAUACAGCUCAAGUUACGCUUCCCGACAGCAGACCACUUCAUGAUUUUGCAGAAUGCAUGACUGCUUGUGCAGAUAAUCCCGAAUGCAAGAGUGUAACUUUCGCUGGCGGAAAACCCAACUGGGAAUGUAAAAUGUUUGAAAGUGGUGUGGAAACAUUGGCCGCAGACGCUACAAAAAACAAAGCCUCAGCAGUCGUUAUUGACCCACCAACCUCCGCAAAGAAGGACGACUUGACAUAUCUCUGCUCAACUGAAUGUCCAAAUGCUGACGGACAAACGUGGGAUUCUCCAACGGGACAAAAAUUCCGCAUGUCCUGCUGCACGCGUCAUGGUAUUACCCCUAUAGGGGAUACCCAAGCAGGCUCUUUGCAAGAAUGUAUGAAGAUGUGUAGUUUUAUAUUGGCGUGUACUUCAAUCGACUUUCAAAAAGAUACGGGAAAAUGCUAUUUUGGAAAACAUUCCGGCGCGCCAACUAUUGCAGCAUCUGGAUGGGCGUCUGCUUAUGCAGUUGGGUGUUCUGGAGCUUGCAAGAAGGAGGGAUGCUGUUCUGGUGCUUGA